CCAAAAGGAGACGCAGCACCACAGACCACAACCCGCUCUACCCGAAAGAGUUUAAACUGCAGCAAUAUUCUCACAGAAAACCUGGGCAGCUUCUUCAGAGGUCUGACAGAGUCACAGGGGUCCCAUUGUUUCCAUUCCUCAAAACUUGGACAAAGGAGACUGACGUAUGGCGGCGUGGGACCUUUCAGUCAUAGUGGAGGACCUGGGGCCCGAUGCACCACCUGUCACCCUCAGUGUUACCUCUGACAUUCACAUUGGAGGGGUUAUACUCAAGCUGGUGGAAAAGACACAGAUCAAGCGUGAUUGGUCAGAUCACUCACUGUGGUGGGAGCAGAAACAGCGAUGGCUGCUGCGGACAACCUGGACUCUGGAGAAAUACGAGAUUCAUGCUGACGCCCGAUUGCUCUUCAUGCCUCAGCACAAACCCCUUAAACUGGGUCUGCCCAAUGGCAUUACCCUAAAUCUACGAGCCUGCUUCUCAAACCCUGUUUUUCAGACUGUAAUGGGCAUCUGCAGAAUGCUUAACAUUCGUCAUCCUGAGGAGCUCUCCCUCCUACGUCCUGUGGAGGAGAAGAAGAAAAAAAAAGAUAAAGAUUUGGCACAGGAGAUCUACGACCUGACCGAGGUGCCCCUUUCCUCGGUAUCACGCCCCUGUCUGUAUAACGGCAUGCCAGCUCACUUUGCCGACUCAGUGCAGAUGGAGGCCAUCUACAAAAUGUUGUCAGUCACUCAGCCUCCUCCCGCCCCCGAGGUCAUAGCUAAACAGUACCGCCCAGCUAGCGUGGUGGACAAGGCUCACAUCAAUGGCAGGUGGUUGGACUCAUCACGUUGUCUGAUGCAGCAGGGUAUCCAAGAAAAUGACCGACUCUGGCUGCGCUUUAAGUACUUUGCCUUCUAUGAUAUGGACCCCAAGUAUGAUGUUGUACGUCUGACCCAGGUGUAUGAGCAGGCCCGCUGGGCCAUCCUUCUGGAAGACAUUGACUGCACAGAGGAGGAGAUGAUGCUGUUUGGAGCUCUGCAGUACCACAUCAGUAAGGUGUCUGAGUCAGAGCCCCAGAUGCUGACCUCCAACGCAGCUAUGGAUGACCUGGAAUCCGCCUUGCAGUCACUGGAGGUCAAAAUGGAGGGACAGAGCAGCUCCGCAUCUGAACUACUGGAAAAUAUGACUGCACCCGAACUCAAUGACUAUUUGAAGAUAUUUAGGCCCAAGAGGCUGACUCUGAAGGGAUACAAGCAGUACUGGUUCAAGUUCCAGGAUACCUCCAUUUCUUAUUUCAAGAGCAAAGAAGAGAGCAUUGGAGAGCCCAUUCAACAGAUUAACCUCAAAGGAUGUGAGGUGGUUCCAGACGUUAACGUGGCAGCACAGAAGUUCCUUAUCAAACUCCUGAUACCAGCACCUGAGGGCAUGAAUGAAGUCUAUCUGCGCUGUGAGAAUGAGCAGCAGUAUGCUCAGUGGAUGGCUGGAUGUCGAUUGGCCUCCAAAGGCAAGAGUCUUGCAGACAGCAGUUACCAGAGCGAGAUCGAGAGCAUAAGUUCAUUCCUGGCUAUGCAAAAGACCAACUCCAGUUCCCAUAGCAACGCAGCUGCCAGCGAUGAGAGCAUCAAUCCUCAUAGUCUGGUGUCACCACGCUACCAUAAGAAGUACAAGCCUAAACAGCUGACCCCUCGUAUUCUGGACGCGUACCAGAAUGUCGCUCAGCUCCCACUGACAGAAGCAGUGAUGCGUUUCCUGCAGAUCUGGCAGGCUUUGCCUGACUUUGGGCUCUCAUACGUUGUUGUCAGGUUCAAGGGUAGUCGAAAGGACGAAGUGCUGGGCAUAGCCCCCACUCGUCUGAUCCGCAUAGACCUGGGUGUGGGCGAUGUAGUGAAGACCUGGCGCUAUAAUAACAUGAAGCAGUGGAACGUCAACUGGGACAUACGACAGGUUGCCAUUGAGUUUGAAGGAAACGUGAACAUUGCCUUCAGCUGUGUGACUGCUGACUGCAAAGUCGUCCAUGAGUUAAUUGGAGGCUACAUUUUCAUGUCAACACGCAGCCGGGAGAAAAGUGACGUACUCAAUGAGGAGCUCUUCCAUAAGCUGACCGGAGGCCAUGAAGCUCUCUAAGACUAUAACACAAGCAAACAAAAUAUUGGGUCUACCACAACUCACCGCAUCCCCCGUGUGUCUCACAAGUGGAUAACAUAUGUGACAGUAGACCUUAGUUUACAUUCAGUUGCCAAUACAUUAGAACAAAGGUCUCAGUAAGAUAUCCUAAUUAUUUUAGAAGUGUUACAACUCAGUUUAGAAGUCCUAUCAAGUAUUUAGCUUGUAUUUGUUUUCCACACGCUUACAUUGUUGUCUGCAAGCUACAUCAGUGUUAAACAUAACAUGUCCAGACAGAUGAAGACUCUAAUGGCCCACAUGCUGACUUCUUCACGCCUUCAUGAUGGACUGCUGUUGGUCCAGGCUGCAAGCCAAUUGGUCCAACAUCAACAGGCUUGAUAAUCAAUCCACUGAAAUGUAAAAUCAACAGCUGAAUCAGCCAACAAUGACUUGUCUUUUUUACCAGCUCAGUGUGACAUGAAUUGUAACCAGCAUUGCUCAGGAUGGAAGGGACAUCACAGGAAUAAAAAUAAAUGGCAACAUAAAUUAUGACACAAAAAUCUACGAAUAAAGAAAAAUUCACUUAAAAGAAAAAUAAAUCACCUCAUUUUCAUCUUUUCUGUAACCUUCAUGAUUGUCACACGUUGGAAUUUUCUGUUGUUUCAGGAAGCUUCCAAUCAGUUAUCUCCCCUCACAGAUGCUGUGUGUGUUUGCGUGUGUAUCCAUAUCUUAGAAGAAACUGUUACAACUGUCCGUUAAACCACAGUGUCUGUAUCCUCUGCUUUCCCACACUUAGUUAUGUGACAAGCCACACAUAGAGCAUUUCUUAAU